AUGUUCUCUACCUACCGGGUGAAACAUCUCACACGAGGUCUGGACGCAAAAACCAACAAAGAGUUUGUGAGUGGACAAGCCGCGCAUGAGGAGGACAUUAUUGAGUUUGUCUCAGAAGCCAUAGAGGCUAGCUGUCGUCUAGGCCAGCAUGUUGGAUUCCAAAAUGGUCAGCAACAAUUCAAGGAAAACAAUGGGUUGGCUGGCAACAAGUGGAUCUAUUCAUUUGUUGAGAAUGGAUCUGACGAUAUGAUCCAGAUUACCACAGCAAAGAAUCGUGAUUACUUUCCAACAGGUUACUUUUCUAUUUGCAGCAACAAGUGCCAAAAGAAGUGA